CCUCCUUUCACAUCCGUAGCGAAGCUGCCACGCUGAGCCGUUGCUCUUGGUGGGGAAUCGAAGCCCAGCUUGGCUGAGGGGGGUUGAAAGUGGAGAGGACGGAGCCCAAGCCAUCGCAUUGGACUAUAGAACCCACGGACGAGAGUGGGAGAAGACAGGGACCCAGAGGCCGAGGGUGAGAGAGCACCGGAGCGUCACCGCAGGAUGACCUGGAGACUCCGGCUGACCUUGACUCUGGCGGUGGUGCUGCUGAGGGCGUCUGAGGCCCGGAAGAGCCGCCCGGCGGGGGCCAUCCCCUCCCCCUACAAGGACGGGGGCGGCGGCGGAGGGGGAGGAGGGGGCAAUAACUCGGAGCGCUGGCAACACCAGGUCAAGGAGGUCCUGGCCUCCAGCCAAGAGGCCUUGGUAGUCACCGAGCGCAAGUACUUGAAGAGCGAUUGGUGCAAGACCCAGCCUCUAAGACAGACGGUCAGCGAGGAGGGCUGCCGGAGCCGUACGGUCCUCAACCGCUUCUGCUACGGCCAGUGCAACUCCUUCUACAUCCCCCGCCAUGUCAAGAAGGAGGAAGAGUCCUUCCAGUCCUGCGCCUUCUGCAAGCCGCAGAGGCUGGCCUCCGUGCUGGUCGAGCUCGAAUGCCCGGGCCUCGACCCGCCCUUCCGACUGAAGAAGAUCCAGAAGGUCAAACAGUGCCGCUGUAUCUCAGUGAACCUCAGUGACUCGGAUAAGCAGUGAGCGCUUCGCCCCCUUCCCGGCCGCCCCCAGAGCAGCGCCCCUUCAGCAUUAAGGCCUCUUUCCGUUGCCCCCUCGCUCCUUCCCGUCGGUUUCGCUGCUGUCGCCGGACCGUACCCCAUUUCCCACCGAGGGCCCUUCCCCACCCCCUCCACCCCCACAAGAGGGGGCGGUCCCCACUGCCCCGGACUGGUGGUCUUUGGCCCCAAGCCCCAUCCUCUGGAAGGGGACACCGAAAGCCACGUGCUUUUCAGUCCAGCAUUAAUCAUUUCCACUGUGUGGAAAAGGAAUCUUGGAUCCGACACUCCGACCGUGACCCCCCUCUGCUCCCCCCAAAGAAACUCAGGCCGGGGGGGGCCCUGCUUUCUGCUUCUAAAUUCGGGGGGCCGGACACUAGUGGAUGGCGGGGGAGGCAGAGAGGGUGUGGGAGAUGGAAACGUCUGACUUGCGGUGGGAGCUAAGAGGAGGCCAAAGGCCUCCAACAGGACAGCGGACGGGAGGACAUCACCACCCCACCGCCACUCCCCAAAAGCCCCUCCUGGGUUAUCCCAGCCCCAGCUGCAGCCUAGACACAGAGGGUCUCUUUGUUCAUGCUGGUUUUAUAAUCGACCCGUAGUAAAAGAGCUGUUAAGAAGUAUUAUUCUCGCCCUAUCCAUGUAUUGUUUCACGUGUCGCUUGGGCCUCUGAGGUGGGAGCGAAGCUCAGGAUCGGUCCGAGACCAGGGCCGGGCUCCUGUUGCCUAGCAACCCUCCACACCACAUCCUCCGGUGGGGUGCCGAUGCCCUCCCCCCCACCCUCAAGCCGAGGGGCCCGGGGAGAGGGCUGGGAAUCUGGAAAGUCACUGGAGGUCACCCUGAAGCAUCGAAGCUGCCUCAACUACUAAGAUGUUUAAAUAGGAGAAGGAGCGUUUUCUUUUUUUUUAAACUCUUAAAACCAAGGAAAACUCGGAGUCCUAAGU